AUAAGUCUUGGACUCGUCCAAGAAACAGAAGGGAAACAGACGUCGUCUCAGUUGCAAGUUUCGUUUCGUACAGUUGUUCACCGUGUGUGUCUGUGUCUGUGUGUGUUUGACUUGUGAGUGUGUGUGUGUUUGGAUAUUUCUUUAUUAUUUCCGUCGUCCGGAUUUCACACACACAUUUAUAAAACUUGUAUAUUCAAAUUAGUUGUGACGUGAAUUUCAUCGAUUUUGACGCUGGAACGGUAGCAACGGGUCAUCUCUUUGGACACCGACCUCCGCUUCUCCUUCUUCUUCCGUGCACCACCAGCCUUUCAUCUUAGCUCCGCCUCCGGCUGGAACAGCCUCACACGGCAAUCAUCAUCAUCAUCACAAUAGCAGCAGCAGCAGUAACAAUACCAACGGCAGUACAAGCACUGGCUCUCCUAUGAAAGUGCCCGUCAAACCACCGCCUCUCAAGUCCCUUCCGCCUUUGUCUGGAUACGGUGGCGGCCAAACCGUUCCGCUCUCUCCUUCCGGCCUGGCAGUCAGCAUGGCAGACCGGCUUCCUCUUCCGCACCUGACGUUGCCGUUCAGCCCGGAUAUUCUUUGGCGCUAUCCGACCCAAUUUUCAGCUUUAACUUCGUCGUCACCCGCCUCAGGUGGUCCGGGCAGUGGCUCGUCGUCUUCGGCUGGACAUCACCACCACCAACAACAACCUUCUUCACCUCAUCUUGACGUCAAACCUCACCUGCCCGGUGCCCUAGGUCCAGAUCCCCGUACAUGGGCCCGCGAGGAUGUCGUCACGUUCCUGCGCUGGUGCGAGCGCGAAUUUGACCUUCCUGGUCUCGAUCUCGACAAAUUCCAGAUGAAUGGCAAAGCAUUGUGUUUGCUUAACAAAUCCGACAUUGCCGAGAGAGCACCCGGAUCUGGAGACGUGGUCCACAAUGCGUUGCAAUUACUUUUGCGUGAUGCUCCUUACACUGGCCGAGUGCCCAGCAGCCCUUUGACUCCUCAUCCUCACACGGCCCAUCAGCAGCAUUUGCUUUCUCACGCCCUGGCCGCCGCUGCCGCUCACCAACAGCAGCAGCAGCAACAACAACAGAAUUCCUCGUCUUCCGGCUCGAAUUCCGGCGGCAAUAAUGGUGGCGGCAGUCAUCUGCUUUCGCCUCCCAAUUCAGCGCGGACUCCCACGUCGGCGUCUGGAUGGCCUUCGGCCAAUCAGCUGUUUUCUUCAGCCGAUUUCCACAGCCUGGGUCAUUUGAUUCAACAGACCAAUUCUGUGACGCUCAGUCCGGCACCUUCGGUCUCGGACGGAAGCGGCAACAGCCAGGGAGGCAGCCCGUCUCACGCGGAACAAUCUGCAGCUGCUGCGGCCGCCGCUGCCGCCAUGGCCGCUCAGGCCCACAUCAAUUUUUACACGCAGGCUCUUGCCCAGGCGCACAAUCAAGCUCAAGCGGCUGCCGCCAACAACGCCCACCACCACCACAGCAAUCAGGCUGGAUCCAAUUCCGGAAGCCAGUCGGAUUCGGAAGAGAACGACAGCGUUCAAGACAAUAGCCCGGCUCGAUCGCCGGCCCCAUCGACUCCGAUCCAUUUGGUGCCCCCACCCAUGUCUCCACUUGCCACGACGUUUAGCUCUGCGGCCUCGUCCAAAAACAUGGAUAAAGACCCGCUGGCCACGACGCCUGACCGGAAUGGAGGAGGCGGAGGAGAUGGACUGGAUUCGGGAUCAAAUGGUCGCCUACUUUGGGACUUUCUUCAGCAGCUGCUCAAUGAUCCAUCGCAGCGCUAUUCGCACUAUAUCGCGUGGAAAAAUCGAGAAACGGGUGUUUUUAAGAUUACCGACCCGGCCGGACUGGCCCGUCUUUGGGGCAUUCAAAAGAAUCACCCGUCCAUGAAUUAUGACAAGAUGUCUCGCGCUUUGCGCUAUUAUUACCGCGUCAAUAUUUUGCGCAAAGUCCAGGGAGAACGUCAUUGCUACCAAUUUCUCCGGAAUCCAAUUGAGCUCAAAAGCAUCAAAAACAUUUCUUUGCUACGCCAUCAAAUGGCUGCGGCGGCGGCUGCGGCCGCUACGACGACGACAACAACAACAACGGCGUCGGGUUCUUCCGGUUCAUCGACGGCGUCUAGCGGUAAAAUGGCCGACAGUACGGACGCUUCUUUGGAGCGCUACUCGCCGUCUAGCAGCUGCAACGCUCCCGAUCAAGACUUUGACGCUGAACCUCGGCGAUUCGCCAACAACAACAACAACGAACAGGAUCCGGAAGACAACGACUGCGACAUGCCGACUGAUUUGAGCAUGGAGCGACGCGGAAUCAACGGUACCAAUCCCUACCUGACGUCCAUCAAGACGGAAAACAUGGCCUCGUGAUUACAUUGAGUUUAAAAACUAAAAAAUUAAAAAAAGUAUAGGACGUAGUUGUUAAGUGUGUGUGCAAUCACAGUGCCUUAAAACAACUCCAAGACGGCCAGCAAGCAACAAAACACAGGACUGACAUUUAUUUACCAUUGAUGAUAUUCCAAAAGGUUAUUUUGGAGAAGGACCCUAAUUAGUUUGGUGGCGUCUUUCCUCAUAAUUAUCCAAUUUGAGAAAAAAGAAUUUGGGGGAAUUUAACUGAGUUAACCAUUUGACCAACGACGUGCCAGUGGCGUUAGUAGGUUUUCUUUGGAACCACUUUCGUUUCAUCCAAUCGUUUAAAAAAUUAACGAGAAAAACAAAAAUUACAAAAAAAAAAAAAAUUUGAAUUAUAAUUAAUUUCUUUUGCGCGUGUCGAUUAUAUAUGAAAAUAAUUAUUUGUGAAAAACUCUACCCUGUAUCCUCAAAUGCUCUGCUCAGACUCGUUGAAAAAAGAUUGAACUCACGCUGAAAUUUUGUCUCGAUUUAAAUUGUAAAACCCACCCACCACCACCACCCUCUUGUUAAUGGGAUUUAGAGAAAAAGACAACAAAUGACAAUUAAUUUUUUUUUUUUAAUUUUCACAAACAAUUUUUCCCACUCUCCUGUGAUGUGAACGAUAUCAUCGACUUCCAAAAGAAAAAUCGAAUGCUGUUUAGAUUUUUUUCUCUUCAUUGAAAAACAAAUUUGUUCAUUCCCCUCACCCCCCUCUUAACUCACUCACCCCCAUUUGUAUUUCGAGGUGAUAUUAUUAAUUAACUAUAUAUCCAAUGAUUCGAAACUCUCAAAGCAGCGAAAGUAGUAGUAAUUUGAGAGAUGAAUUAAGAAAUGUUUUUUGUUUUGUGGACUCGCAAUUAUCUUGUUUGGAAUUUUCCCCCCAGAAAACGUAAUAUUUUUGUGCGCAAAUGUUUCUUUUUUGUUUGGUUCCCCCGAUGGCAAUAAUAAAUUGUAAUUUUUUUUAGAGCUGGAAGAUUAUUGCCACCACCCGACUUCACAAUGGCUUCAGAGUUAUAGUGCCCCACCAUCAUUUUCGCUCAUGUUUGAAAUAAUUGUAUCCCAAAUUAAGAGAGACCCCCCCCAAGUUCAAUUUUUCAGUUCAAAAAAAUUGCCCUCUCCCCUCCCCCAUUUUCUUUCGUGAAUAUAAAUUCAUAAAUGUUUGAAUGCAGACGAGAAAUGACAAAAAUUUGAAAUUAUUUGUUGACGACACGGCAGAAGUGUGCAGGGAUAUUUGGAUAGGAAGUUAAAAACACUUUAUGCCGGUUUCUUUUUUGUUGUGUAAUGUGCUUGUGUGUAAUCGAUGGAAAACAAAGUAAUAUUCUGUGGAGAUUAAAGAAAAUGAGAAAUCAAUUAUCCAAGUGCUAUUUGUUGUUUUCCUUUUGUGGUUGUUGGAAUAAAUACAUUUCAUGUAAAUAAAGUUUUUUGAAACGUUA